AUGCCGAAUGUUGUAGAGGUCCAGGCUGAGAACCAGGCCGCUACCUCUGUCAACUCAAUGGACAAGGAAGACAGGUUCGACGAAAAGGACCCCAACCUGGUCAAGGCCGAGGAGGAUACAGACUACGAUGAAGGCACUAUUGCCGACCCCUUUGCACCCUACGAUGACCUGCCCGAGGAGCGCCACUGGGUUGUUACUUUCCGUGCCAUGCUUGUCGGAUGUAUCUGUGGUGCCCUCGUCAACGCAUCCAACAUCUACCUCGGUUUGAAGACUGGUUGGACUUUCGGUGCCUCGCUCUUUGGUGCCAUUAUCGGUUUUGCUGUUCUCAAGCCUCUCGCCAAGGCCCUCCCAGAGAACUUCCCUCUUUUGGGAGGUUCUUUCGGUCCUCGUGAGAACAACAUCGUCCAGACUGCUGCUACUGCCGCCGGUGGUCUCGGUUCCGUUAUGGUUUCUGGUAUUCCUGCCCUCUACCAAUUGAAGCUGCUCAGCACUCCCAAGGAGGAUUUCGGCAGACUCAUCUCAUUGACUAUUGUCGGUGCCUACUUUGGAUUCGCUUUCGCUACUCCUCUCCGAAAGUUCUUCAUCAUCUACGUCGCCAGAGAGCUCAACUUGAUCUUCCCUACUCCUUCAGCUUGUGCCUUGACCAUCCGUAGCAUGCACGCCGCCGCCACUGGUGAGGCCAUUGCCAAGCUGAAGAUGAAGGCUCUGAGUAUCUCUUUCAUCUUUGCUCUCCUUCUGCGUGUCAUCUCUCAGUACGCCAUCGGCAUCCUCUGGGACUGGCACAUCUUCACCUGGAUUUUCAUUUGGGGUAAGUACAACAACAACGCCAUUGCCCUCGAGAACUGGGGUUGGUUCAUUGAGUGGACUCCUGCUUUCAUCGGCUCCGGUAUGCUCGUCGGUCUGAACGUCGCCCUGUCUUUCUUCGGUGGAAGUGUCCUCGCUUGGGGUAUCAUUGGCCCUGCUCUCGUCCACCACAACAUUGCUUUCGGUGUCCAGCCCUACGCCGAUGACCCUAAGUGGAGCAAGGUCACCUCGUUCUACUCUCUCAGCCCCAAGUGGGCCAACAAGGACACUCCCAGCCCUCGUUACUGGCUUCUCUGGCCCGGUGUCUUGGCCAUGAUCAUCAUCUCUUUCACCGAGCUCUUCCUUCAGUACAAGGUCUUCUUCAUCAUGUUCAAGGCCAUGGGCCGUGGAGCCGCAAAGGGCUUCAACGCCAUGACCUCCAAGACUGGUGGUCCCACCCUUAAUGUCACUGAUCAGAAGGAGGAAGAUGUCAUCAAGGACUCUGCCGCAGACCACGAACUCGUCAAGAUCUGGAUGUGGGGACCUGUUCUCAUUCUCAGUAUCAUUGCUUGCUGCAUUGUUCUUGGUGUUCAGUACGACAUGCCUGUCGGCAUGUCUCUCCUCUCCGUCUUCUUGGCCUUCUUUUUCGCCAUCCUCGCUGUUCAGUGCGCUGGUGUCACCGACGUCACUCCCUUGACUGCCGCUUCCAAGGCUUCCCAGCUUGUUCUCGGUGGUGCAACUAAGGGUGAGCACUGGAUGACCGAGCACGCUCAGCGCCUCAACCUGAUCGGUGGCUCUCUUGCUUCCAUCGGUGCCGGGCAAGCUUCCGACCUGGUUGGUGACUUCCGUGUUGGUUACCUCCUCCGCACUUCACCUUUCCAGCAGUGGGUUGCUCAAGGUCUCGGCACGAUUGUUGCCUGUGUCCUUGCUCCUGCCAUGUUCAUGCUCUUCAGCAAGGCCUACCCUUGCAUCAUCGACGUCGAAGCCGAGACCUGCCCCUUCUCUGCCCCGAGUGUUGGUGCUUGGCGAGCCGUCGCCGUCGCCGUCACCGACCCUACCUUCCCCGUCCCCAAGACUUCAGGCUACUUUGCCAUCGCUUUUGGUAUCUUCGGUGGUAUCAUGGUGGUCAUUCGCCACUACGCAUACACCGGCAAGUGGGAAAAGUACAAGGCUUACCACCCCAACGUCAUGUGCAUUGCCCUCGCCUUUGUUUUGAACGCCACAGUCUACGGUACCGCCAUGGUCAUCGGUGCCGUCCCCGCAUACUUCUGGGCCAAGCGCAACCCUCAAAGUUUCGAAAUCUACGGUUUCGCCAUCGCUGGUGGUCUCAUUGCUGGAGAGGGUAUUGGUGGCGUCAUCAACGCUGUCUUCCAGAUUGCUGGCAUUGCUGGACCUGAUCCCUAUGGUACCAACGUUGCCUGUCCUGCUGACGCUUGUUAG